ACCGAAGGUGCCGCGAAGGUAUUUCUUUCGCUUGAACAGCAAACAGUCAGAAUCUGACUGGUCUUCGAUUACCAGCACCUCCCUCGUCUGCUGCGGGACUUGCCUUUUCCACGAACAUGUGUUUGUAACUUUUCUCUCUGCGGUCGCGGCUCUGUGCGCCUUUGCGCGAUCGGGCAGACGCGCUGGAAAGACGCCGCUGGGCCAACAUGUUCCCGCAUCAUCUGAAAACAUGAACUCAUUCAAAGAUGUGGGCUGGAUUCAUUUUUCUCAUCUUUUGGGGUCUGCCCCUCUCAGUGUCCAUCCCCCCUCCCGGCCCCGUCAAUGUCAGCUUUUCCUCUGUGAAUCUAAGGAACGUCCUACACUGGUCUCCUGGAAUUAACACUCCUGAUGACACACUCUUUACUGUGGAAUAUUCAAUCUACGGGGACAGCAUUGAGGGCAAUAAAGGACGGCGUGUGCGCUGGAGGCCCGUGCAGAAAUGUCGGGAAAUAGUGCGGACCUGGUGCGAUCUGAGCGGGGAGACGGAGGACGAGGAGCAGGGCUACCAUGCCAGAGUCCGGGCCGUGACCAGGAAGGCCUCGUCCCGAUGGGUUCUGACACAGAGGCGGUUUGACCCAAAGGUGGACACUAGUUUUGGUCCUCCAUUGGUCUCUGUGGAAGUAGAAAACAACAGCGCCAUCAUCACGCUGAAGGGUCCCAUGAGGUAUCAGUCAAAAAACCACUCCUUCGUCCAUUCAAUGGCAGCAAUCUACCCACAAAUGACUUACAACCUCUCGGUCAACAAUACCUACCGCAACCAGGUGCACCAUGUCCCUGUGGCGGUCAGUCCACACAAAUACCGGCAGCUGGACUACAACACAGAAUAUUGCUUUUCUGCUCGGUCACGGUUCCUCGCCAUGCCCGUGCAGUGCCAGCCGUCAGCAUGGCUCUGCAUCGUCACGCCUAAAGACCCUCUGAUCGAGCAUCUGCAGAAGGUGGUUGUAAGCAUUGUUGUUCCAGGCUUGUGCUUCGGUGUGAUUGCGGUGGCUGGCUAUGUUCUCCAUCAUUACCUGACGGGCAAAGGACAGAAGACCCCAAACAUGCUGUUUCCUCCUUUCAACCUCCAGAACUCGUCAUAUUUCCAGCCAGCCCCGGCGACAUUUCCACCUGAGAAGCCCAGGAAUAACAAUGUCAGCAUCAUGAAGAACGAGCCCAUCAGCACCGUAUCAGACCCUGAGUGCUUCAGGAGGCAGCAGUGUACCGCUGAUUGCCCUCCCGCCUAUUCACCGCAGAAUGCCGGAGCGCAUCCAGAGGAAGCCGGAGAUAAUUUGUCUGUUGACUAUGGAUUUGUCGCUGUCGCACCUACAAUUAAUGAAGAAGACGAUGAAGAAAGAGAAAGAGGGCAUGAUGAAGGAAAUGCUGAGACACACGCCGCUGGAAGCAGCUUCCCCAGGAGCUGGUUGGGAGCUGUGGGUGUCCACUCCCCUCCAGUUUCUCCUCUGCAGAAAUCUUACCAAGUGCAGAACUUGUUGCAGACAUGCAGAGAAACACACACGCUGAUAGAUCCACAAGCUGAGAAAAACACUCACGAGCUCACAAGUUCAGCUUUACCCACACUAAAUCAAGUGCCGUCACUCACUUUUCCUCCAGGUUUAUUUCCUAACAGUAACACAGAUGAGGAUGAAAGGCACAAACCAGAAAAUCAACCCCUCCUGUCGGCUUAUGCAUCCCAAAAUAUCCAAAACACGAGUACCUUCCAACCUGCCCAGUCCGAUUACCUACCAGAUGACUACGCCAUGGUGGCAGGCGCCAGUCAGGAAACCCAGGAAGAUGAUUGUGAUUAUGAAGAUGAGGAGGAGGGGGGAAGGAUUUGUAUUGACUGGGAUCCUGAAACUGGGAAAUUAGUGCUGCCGGUGUUCAGCGUGGAGGAAAGAGGGGAUGGUUUCAGGGAGUCAGAGGAAGAAAGGAGGAUUGGAGAAGACGAUGUGGAGGCAUAUGUGAUGAAGGGUGAACUGAGGUUGGAGAAUGUGCUUGUUCAACAAGGAUCUGAGGAAGAAGAGGCAGAGAGAGAGCUGGAAAGAGGUGGAGCAACGGGUUGGGAGGUGGAUGAUUUUUUGAGCAAAUGGAAUUUGGAAAUCUCCAUGGGUGAGUAGAUCACAUUCAUCAACAUAUUUACAGAGUUAUCACAAAAACAAAAUCCUGGAAACAAGAACUUUUAACGGCAUAACAAAGUGAAUUUUCAGUGUGAAAGUUGCUGCUUUUGUCUCAUUCUAACCAGCACUUUACAGAUUGAUUAAAUCACUCCAAUCAAAUGAAGCGAGCUAAUAGCUUCAACUCAGAAGGAAAAUGUGUGUUUACAUAGUAGUUUAUUUUUGUAAAUUGAUUUUUUUUUUUUUUUUUAGAAUCAAAUGCUUGUGGUGUAACUGUGAAAAACCAUUUUUAAUUCUGCAAGAAAUCGCUAAGAAACUAUUCUGGUGUGUUGCUUCUGAUACAAAACAGUAACAGUAGUAUUACAGGGGGAGAAAAAAAACAAAUGAAGGGAGCUUUACCAAGGUGAAUUCUGUUCAGUUAUGAUUAAUGCUGCUUGUUUAGUUUGUACAUCACUGUAAAUAUAUGUUCUUAAUAACUGACUGUGCUCCAAUGAAGAGUUAAGAGUUGUUUUGGUUUAUCGCAGUUUACCUUCAAUAGUUCAACAAAGCACUUAAACUCCUUUUGUUGAGACACUUUGAACUAAACCCUGGGCCAGUAUUUGUGUUGGUGUUAUCCCAGACUAAAUCACCAUGAAAGGAUUUGAACUACAGUAUAUACUGAAAAGUAGAGAACACUUGUUAGAUUGCUUCCUAGCGAUGAAUCCUUUGCGGUCGUCUGGGUCAGUCGAGCAUGAAAAGCAUGCCUUCGCUGAAAUCAGAGUUUAUUCUAGGGUUGAGGCUAAAACCGUUGGCAGGAUAUUCUCGUGCCUUCUUCACUCAUCGCUCUGGAGGUGGUCUCUGUUAAACCUCACUCUGUAGUUUGUUCCCAGGCCAUCACCAUAUACCUCUGGUUUCUGAAUCUCAUGUUUAUAUUACCUUGAUAUGCCGAUCAGACAACUGAUAAUCAGCAUCUGAGGGCACUAGAAGCUCAAAGCAAUGUGUUAAAAAGAAAGAGAAGAUGUCAUUUAUGGAGAUUUGGUAAAUGUGUUGAGGCCACAGAAUGUUUUUCUGAUCAUUCCACAAAAUGUAAGUUCCUAAUCUGACACAUUUUCCAGUGAAACAUGCUUUUUUCAUAAGAACAAAGAAAUGUACUGAACAGAGAAUUCAUUAUUUUUAUUAGUGGUUUAUUUUUUUGCUUUUGUAGAAAUUUCUUUUCUACAGACCACCAGAAAUGAGAUGAUUGAGGAGUCUACCUCGGAUUUUUAGACAUCGCAUAGCACUUAAUGUAUUAUUCCUCCGAAUACUAUAUUUAUAUAUAUACAAAGGGAUUGUCUAAUAGCCUCACAAGCACAACCUGUGGAUAAUUACCUGCUUUUUAUUAUUUUUUGUAUCUAUGUUGAGUUCACUUGUGUUUGUUAAGCAUAAGUAUAUAGUCUGUAAUUUACAAGUUGUCAGGGACUAUUAAAGGACAGUAAAUAUUUCUCUCAGAAGAAUGUUACAAAAAGAAACAAGUUUAAUGAUGUAAUGAUGAAGCAUUAUGUCAGUUUUCUUCCUUUUUCCGUAUUUCAUUUUGCUGCCCGAUCUUCAUGAAGUGUCGGGACUCAUGUUAGUGAUGAAAACAACCAAAAAAAAAGACCAACACCCAAACUUAAAGUGAUACUAUGUAUUAUCUCGUGAUCUCAUUUUGGGAAUUAUUAUAAAUCC